AUGGUGGAGUUCUGCGUGGAUGGGAGAGCGAGAAUGGCACUGUGCCGAGGUUUCCAGUGCACAUCGCCUGUUGAAUCCUGCCUGAAUGGUGGAAAGUGUGAGGUGUUUCCCAAUGGAACAGGGCUGUGCUUGUGCCCCAGUGCUUUUUUUGGCAACCGCUGCCAGCUGCUGAGCCCAUGCCACAGCUCUCCCUGCAAGAAUGCCGGCACCUGCCACACUGUCAUCCGUGGUAAUACUGUGGACUACACUUGCACAUGCCGCUUGGGCUUCACUGACCGGCUUUGCCUGACUCCCGAGGAGAACGUCUGCCUCAGCAGCCCCUGCCGCAAUGGAGGGACCUGCGAACUCCUCACGCUGACAGAGUACAAGUGCCGCUGCCCCCCAGGCUGGUCAGGUAAGACCUGCCAGCAAGCAGAUCCAUGUGCCUCUAACCCCUGUGCCAAUGGUGGGCAGUGUGUGCCUUUUGACUCGAGCUACGUGUGCAAGUGUACACUAGGCUUCCAUGGAGCCAACUGCAAGGAAGAUGUCAAUGAGUGCAGCCGCACACCGCCCAUUUGCAAGAAUGGCGGGACCUGUGUCAAUGAGAUCGGCUCCUUCCAUUGCUCCUGCAGGCAGGCUUAUACAGGACAAACCUGUGAGCAGCUCUAUGUGCCUUGCUAUCCCUCCCCCUGCCAGAAUGGGGGCACCUGUCGCCAAACAGGGGACACCGCCUAUGAAUGCACCUGCCUUCCAGGUUUUACUGGACAGAACUGUGAGGAGAAUCUUGAUGAUUGCCCAGGAAACAGCUGCAAGAAUGGAGGCACCUGUGUGGAUGGGGUAAACACCUACAACUGUCAAUGCUUGCCUGAAUGGACAGGCCAGUACUGCACUGAAGAUGUGGAUGAAUGCCAGUUGAUGCCCAAUGCUUGCCAGAAUGGUGGUACCUGCCACAACACUCAUGGUGGCUACAAUUGUGUGUGUGUCAAUGGCUGGACAGGCGAGGACUGCAGCGAGAACAUCGAUGACUGUGCCAGUGCAGCCUGCUUUGUUGGGGCCACUUGCCACGAUCGUGUGGCUUCCUUCUAUUGUGAAUGCCCACAUGGACGAACAGGUUUGUUGUGCCACCUCGAUGAUGCUUGUAUCAGCAAUCCGUGUAACGAAGGCUCCAACUGCGACACCAACCCUGUCACUGGCAGGGCCAUCUGCACCUGCCCAUCAGGCUACACGGGACCUGCUUGCAACCAGGAUGUGGACGAAUGUUCUCUGGGUGCCAAUCCUUGUGAACAUGCUGGGAAAUGUCUCAACACAGAGGGAUCUUUCCAGUGUCAGUGUCAACAGGGCUACUCUGGCCCUCGGUGCGAGAUUGAUGUCAAUGAAUGCUCCUCAAACCCAUGCCAGAAUGAUGCCACCUGUUUGGACCAGAUUGGAGUCUUCCACUGUAUUUGCAUGCCAGGAUAUGAGGGCGUUUAUUGUGAGAUCAACACAGAUGAGUGCGCUAGCAGCCCCUGUCUCCACGAUGGGAUCUGCAUGGACAAGAUCAACGAGUUUGUUUGCGAGUGCCCCUUAGGCUUCAGUGGCCACCUGUGCCAGAAUGACAUUGAUGAGUGUGCCAGCACACCCUGCAAGAAUGGAGCCAAGUGUGUGGAUGGCCCCAACUCCUACACCUGUGAAUGUGCAGAAGGUUUUGCUGGCUCCCACUGUGAAACUGACAUUGAUGAAUGUGACCCAGACCCCUGUCACUAUGGGACCUGCCGCGAUGGCAUUGCCACCUUCACAUGCCUCUGCCAGCCUGGUUAUACUGGCCACCGCUGUGACAUCAAUGUGAAUGAAUGCCAGAGCCAGCCUUGCAAGAACGGAGGGACUUGCCAGGACAGGAACAAUGCGUAUCACUGCCUCUGCCUCAAAGGGACAGCUGGACCUAAUUGUGAAAUCAACGUAGAUGACUGUGCCAGCAACCCUUGUGACUAUGGCAGAUGUGUGGACAAAAUCAAUGGUUAUGAAUGCACAUGUGAGCCAGGAUACACAGGGAGAAUGUGCAACAUCAACAUUGACGAAUGUGCCAGCAACCCUUGCCACAAUGGUGGUACAUGCAAGGACAGCAUCAACGGUUUCAUGUGCAUCUGCCCUGAAGGGUUCCACGACGCCAUGUGCCUCUCAGAAGUGAAUGAGUGUAACAGCAAUCCCUGUAUUCAUGGGAAAUGCAAUGAUGGGCUGAAUGGCUACAAAUGUGACUGUGAUCUGGGCUGGAGUGGUACAAACUGUGACAUCAACAACAACGAGUGUGAAUCCAACCCAUGCAUGAAUGGUGGCUCUUGCAAGGACAUGACCAGCGGCUACAUCUGCACCUGUCGGGAGGGUUUCAGCGGUCCCAACUGCCAAACCAAUAUCAAUGAAUGUGCUUCCAACCCUUGCCUCAAUCAAGGAACUUGCAUUGAUGAUGUUGCCGGCUAUCAGUGCAGUUGCCUGCUACCAUACACUGGGUCCAGUUGUGAGAAUGUGCUGGCUCCUUGUGCAAACUCUCCCUGUAAGAAUGGUGGGGAAUGCAGAGAGUCUGAAGACUACAAGAGCUUCUCGUGUGCCUGCCCUCUGGGGUGGCAAGGACAAACUUGUGAGAUUGACAUCAAUGAAUGUGUGAAGAGCCCCUGUCAGAAUGGUGCCGUGUGUCAGAACACAAACGGGAGCUAUCGCUGCCUCUGUAAGCCCGGGUUCAAAGGCCCCAGCUGUGAGACAGACAUCGACGAUUGCCAUCCUAACCCAUGCCACAAUGGGGGCUCCUGCUCCGAUGGCAUCAACGCUUUCUUCUGCGACUGCCAGGCAGGAUUCCAGGGUCCCAAGUGCGAGGAGGACAUCAACGAGUGUGCCAGCAACCCCUGCAAGAAUGGGGCCAACUGCACGGACUGUGUGGACAGCUACACCUGUACCUGCCCCUCUGGCUUCAGUGGAUUCCAUUGUGAGAAUAAUACACCUGACUGCACAGAAAGCUCCUGUUUCAAUGGGGGAACAUGUGUGGAUGGGAUCAACACUUUCACCUGCAUGUGCCCACCUGGCUUUACUGGCAUCUACUGUGAGCAUGACAUCAAUGAAUGUGACUCCAAGCCUUGCUUGAAUGGAGGCACCUGCCAGGACAGCUAUGGGACUUACAAGUGCAUUUGCCCUCAGGGCUACACAGGCCUCAGUUGCCAGAACUUGGUGCGCUGGUGUGACUCCUCCCCUUGCAGAAAUGGUGGGAACUGCCUGCAGAAAGGCAACCUGUACCGGUGUGUGUGCCCCAGAGGCUGGACAGGCAUCUACUGCGACGUCCCCAACGUCUCCUGUGAGGUGGCAGCUAAGCAGCAAGGGGUGGAUGUAGCACACCUGUGCAGGAACUCGGGCCUCUGCAUGGAUACAGGCAACACCCACUUCUGCCACUGCCAAGCUGGCUACACAGGCAGCUACUGCGAGGAGCAGGUGGAUGAGUGCUCCCCAAGUCCGUGUCAGAAUGGAGCCACUUGCACUGACUACCUGGGAGGCUACUCGUGUGAGUGUGUUCCUGGCUAUCAUGGGGUCAACUGCUCAGAGGAGGUAAAUGAAUGCCUUUCUCAGCCCUGCCAGAAUGGAGGCACAUGCAUUGACCUCAUCAACACCUACAAAUGUUCUUGCCCUCGAGGAACUCAAGGGGUGCACUGUGAAAUCAACGUGGAUGACUGCAGUCCCUUCUUUGAUGCCAACACCUUGGCACCGAAGUGCUUCAACAAUGGGAAGUGUGUGGACAGAGUCGGGGGCUACAGCUGCAUUUGCUCACCAGGUUUUGUGGGGGAGCACUGUGAGGGGGAUGUCAAUGAGUGCCUCUCCAACCCAUGUGACCAACGCGGGACCCAGAACUGUGUCCAGCGCAUUAACGAUUACAUUUGCGAGUGCCGACCGGGCUACUCAGGACGGCAUUGUGAGAGCGUGGUGGAUGGCUGUCGGAACAAACCCUGCAGGAAUGGUGGAACCUGUGCAGUUGCCAGCAACACACAGCAUGGUUAUAUUUGCAAAUGCCCCUCAGGUUUUGAAGGCGCAACUUGCGAAAAUGAUUCCCGCAGCUGUGGGACCCUUCGCUGCCUUAAUGGCGGGACCUGUGUCUCCAGCCCAAAGGGUUCCAAGUGCGUGUGCAUGCUUGGCUUCAUGGGCCCUGUGUGCCAGUUCCCCCCCAACAGCCCUUGCCACUCAAAUCCCUGCUACAACGGGGGCACGUGUCAGUUUGCCAAAGAGCCACCCCAUUAUCAGUGCUAUUGCCCUCUCAACUUCAACGGGCUCAACUGCCACAUCCUGGACUUUGACUUCCCUGGGGGCAAGGGUCAAGACAUCCCGCCCACCUCCUUUGAGGAGAAAUGCGAGAUCCCGGGUUGCGCCAGCCAAGCGGGUAACAAGUUCUGUGACACCAAGUGCAACAACCAUGCCUGUGGCUUGGAUGGAGGGGACUGCUCACUCAACUUCAACGACCCCUGGAAGAACUGCUCGCAGUCCCUGCAGUGCUGGAAGUACUUCAAUGAUGGGAACUGCGACACCCAAUGCAACAACGCCGGGUGCCUCUAUGAUGGCUUCGAUUGCCAGAAGGUGGAAAGGCAGUGCAACCCUCUCUAUGACCAAUACUGCAAGGACCAUUUCUCAGAUGGCCACUGUGACCAGGGGUGUAACAAUGCAGAAUGUGAGUGGGAUGGCCUGGACUGUGCCAAUAAUAUGCCCGAGAAGCUUGCAGAUGGCACCCUGGUGGUGGUGGUUCUGAUUACACCAGAGAACCUGAAGAACAACUCCUUCAACUUCCUGCGGGAGCUCAGUCGUGUCCUGCACACCAAUGUGGUCUUCAAAAAAGACACCAAGGGGGAAUACAUGAUUUUCCCCUACUAUGGGAACCGUGAAGAGCUGAAGAAGCAUCACAUUAAGCGGUCGACAGAGAGCUGGUUGGAUGUGUCCAGUGCAGUCUUCCAAGUGAAGACCUCCCUGUACUCAAGGGUAACUGGGAGGCAGAGAAGAGAGUUGGACCAGCUGGAUAUCUAUGGCUCCAUUGUCCAUUUGGAGAUUGACAACCGGCAGUGCAUCCAGUCCUCCUCACAGUGUUUCCAGAGCACCACUGACGUUGCAGCCUUCCUUGGCGCCUUGGCCGCUCUUGGCAACCUGGACAUUCCCUACAAAAUUGAAGCUGUUAAGAGUGAAAUUGCCGAUCCUCCAGGGAGCACACCGUGGUAUCCCAUGUAUGUAGUUGUGUCCACUCUUGUCCUCCUGCUUAUUGUUGGUGUCGGUGUGUUGGCAUCGCGCAAGCGACGGAGAGAACAUGGACAGCUCUGGUUUCCCGAGGGCUUUAAAGUGACAGAAUCAAGCAAGAAGAAACGGCGGGAACCCCUUGGGGAGGAUUCUGUGGGGCUGAAACCCUUGAAGAACGUUUCUAAUGGCACUCUGAUGGAUGACAACCAGAACGAAUGGGGUGAUGAAGAGACUUUAGACACCAAGAAGUUCAGGGUGGAGGAGCAGGCUAUGCUGCCAGAUGUGGAUGACCAUACAGACCACAGGCAGUGGACACAGCAGCACCUGGAUGCAGCCGACUUACGCAUUUCCUCCAUGGCUCCCACCCCUCCGCAAGGUGAAAUCGAUGCUGAUUGUAUGGACGUCAAUGUACGAGGACCAGAUGGAUUCACUCCACUCAUGAUUGCCUCGUGCAGCGGAGGGGGGCUGGAAACAGGCAACAGCGAGGAAGAGGAGGAUGCCCCGGCAGUCAUAUCGGAUUUCAUCUACCAGGGGGCCAGUUUGCACAGUCAGACCGACCGCACGGGGGAGACAGCACUCCACCUGGCUGCCCGAUAUUCCCGCUCAGAUGCUGCCAAGAGGCUUCUGGAAGCCAGUGCUGAUGCCAACAUCCAGGAUCACAUGGGCAAGACUCCGCUCCAUGCGGCUGUGUCAGCAGAUGCUCAGGGUGUCUUUCAGAUUCUGAUCCGGAACAGGGCCACCGACCUGGAUGCCCGCAUGCAUGAUGGGACGACGCCUUUGAUCUUGGCUGCCCGCCUGGCUGUGGAAGGCAUGCUGGAGGACCUCAUCAACUGCCAUGCAGAUGUUAAUGCGGUGGAUGAUCUAGGAAAAUCUGCUCUGCACUGGGCUGCAGCUGUGAAUAAUGUGGAAGCUGCAAUUGUGUUGCUGAAAAAUGGGGCCAAUAAAGACAUGCAGAACAACAAGGAGGAGACCCCUCUGUUCCUUGCAGCCAGAGAAGGGAGCUACGAAACAGCCAAGGUUCUCCUGGACCACUUUGCCAACCGAGACAUCACAGACCACAUGGAUCGCCUGCCACGGGACAUUGCCCAGGAGCGCAUGCACCAUGAUAUUGUGCGCCUCCUGGAUGAGUACAACCUCGUGCGGAGCCCACCUUUGCACAAUGGGUCUAUGGGGGCUCCCACACUCUCACCACCCCUGUGCUCACCUAGCAGCUAUAUUGGCAACUUGAAGCCAGCUCUCCAGGGCAAGAAAGCCAGGAAGCCAAGCACCAAAGGGCUCAGUUGUAAUGGGAAGGAGUCCAAGGACAUCAAGGCCCGCAGGAAGAAAUCCCAGGAUGGGAAAGGCUGCUUGCUGGACAGCUCCAGCGUACUCUCCCCAGUGGACUCUUUGGAGUCUCCCCGUGGGUACCUGUCAGACGUGGCCUCCCCUCCUUUAAUGACCUCAUCCUUCCAGACAUCUCCCUCCAUGCCUCUCAACCAUUUGCCUGGCAUGCCUGACGCCCACAUGAGCAUCAGCCACCUCAACAUGGCAGGCAAGCAAGACAUGCCCAUGGGCACCAGCCGGAUCCAGCCUUUCGAUGCAGUGCCCCCACGUCUCUCCCACUUACCUGUCUCCAGCCCAAAUGCCCUCAUGAGUUUCACGGUGAGCGGGCCUCCCAGCCUGAAUGGGCAAUGCGAUUGGCUGAACAGGCUGCAGAACGGCAUAGUGCAGAACCAGUACAACCCCCUGCGGAAUGGCAUCCAGCAAAACCAAGCUCUGCAGCAGCACGGGCUAAUGACUUCCUUGCACAAUGGCCUGCCCACCACCACUCUGUCCCAGAUGAUGAGCUAUCAGACCAUCCCCAGCAGCCACCUGCCGGCAAGCUCACAACCACACUUGCUGCAGGCUCAGCAGCUGCCACAGAUCCAGCCACAGCAAAACGUGCAGCAGCCGCCCCCCCAUGGCACCACCUCAAAUGCUAACGCCCAUAUCAGCCAAAACUUCAUGGGGAAUGAGCUGAGCCAGCCCGACAUGCAGCAAGUGACCACCGGGGGCACUUUGGCCAUCCAUCCCAUCAUGCCUCAAGAUACCCAGAUCGUUGCCACCUCCCUGCCAUCCACCCUCACCCAGCCUAUGACCACCACUCAGUUUCUCACACCGCCUUCUCAACACAGCUAUUCCUCCCCACUGGACAACACUCCGAGCCAUCAGCUGCAGGUGCCUGACCAUCCUUUCUUGACACCUUCCCCGGAGUCCCCAGACCAGUGGUCAAGCUCAUCUCCUCAUUCCAACCUGUCUGAUUGGUCAGAAGGCAUCUCAAGCCCUCCUACCAGUAUGCCAUCAUCACAAAUGGGACACAUCCCAGAAGCCUUCAAGUAAAAGGGAUCAUCUCCAAACUUCCUUCUCAACAAGAGUGACUUGGAGAGUUCUCUUUGAACAAAUAUGCUCAGAACUGGACUGGAGCAAUUUUUUUUUAAAGUCUAUAUAUAUAUUUUUACAUACAAAGUAAGAUGGAACAUUUUAAUUUUUUUUCUUUUUUAGUAUUUAUUUAUGUACUUAUUUUACAUGAAAACCUUUAUUUAUAUAUCCUUUUUUUGCUGUGUUCCAGAAAUAACAUCUUAAUGAGGCUUGGUUUCUUAUUGUUUUGUUCUGCUUUUUAAAUUGUGUGUGCUGGGAAGAUUUUCUGCUAUAAAGCUAUAAGCAAAAAAUAUUUAUUGAUUGGGGUUGUUCUUGUUGGUUUUGAAAACCUGAAAAAAUUGGGGGAAAGAAAACUGAAAAAGUUGACUUGGUUUUUUGAAAGAACCCUAGCUUAAAAUGUUUAGGCUGAUGUUGGGAAUAUUCGGGUACCUACCUUGAAUCUUGGUUUAAAGGUUUCAGUAUUACAGAGCUGUAUGUACAAUUGUCUCUCUCUGCUAAUAGCACAUCAGGCCCUUUUAUUUAUUUUUAAAUGCUGCCUAUGAUCAGAAAAUCAGGAUCGCAGGUUCUAAGCUACAAAUAAAAUCCAGGCACUUCACCCCACCUCCAAAAAGACUUGGGCCCAAUCCUGUGGAAUAAUAAAACAAGAAAACUUGUGGGAUGAUCUUGUACUGAAGAGGAACUUGGCUGCACCAUUUUGGGGGGGCAGGUGUUGCCUGAGUUGUAAUGUUUUUAAAUGCUGUGACCUUGAAAUGUGUUUUUGCGCAUCAUACCUUUCUUCUUAAAGACCAGUAGAAUGCCCACUCUGACUGUAGGCAUAAUAUGGAGGGGUAGGACUUGGAUGCUGGAAUGAUUGGGGAGUUGAAUUGCGAACAGUUGCCUUUUAACACUGCUACCACCACUGCCCUGUACGCACCCACACAUACUCAAGAUCUCUGUUGGAGAGAGCUGGAUCUCGAUUGCCAGCUGCAGGGGCUGCUGGAAAGGGAUAUCCCUUUGGAAGAUGAGGCUGGGACCUGCUCUGGCGGCCCCUGAGCCAUUGAGACUCAAGCCCAUUCUGCCUGGCUUAGCCCCAUGAGUCCACGCUGCAGCAUGAGGGAACAUUUCUGGGAGUGAGCAGAACAGGCCAUAUGUGGAAAGGCACAGCUGUGUUGUGCUGCAGCAUGGUUGAAAGCAUCAUGGCAGUCUCCCAGCUGCCUGUUGAAGAGGCAGUUCUUCUAUCCUCUCCCCCCCCCCCCACUCACAGACACACGGAUGCCAGGGGAGGCUUCUUCCUCACGAACAACAGACUGUCUCUAAGAAUGGGAGAGAUUGGGCAUGGCUUCGCUAAACACAUUAAUGCCUUCACUGACUGUGAGCAUUUAAACCAGAAUGACUGGGGAUCAUAUAGUAUCAAGGGCUAUGAUUGAGAGAUACCACCCCAGAUGUGACAAGGUCUUUGACACCCACUUCUGGCAAUGGGGGUAAAACAGGGCAUGCCCUCCCCUUGAUUUUUGGAGUCAGGUCCAGGUUGGAUGCUUUAGGAAGAGCAGAGCCCCAGGGGGUCACCACAAGUCACAGCCAGACAUGGUUUUUAGAUGUCGUUUUUAAAAAAUCUCAGUAGUUUUUCAAGAAUGGCACAUUGCAUUCACUGUAGAUGUAUGUUCUUUUGGAGACCAGGAGCAGUGGAGGGCAGGAGGGAGUAACUUUGUAAAAAAAGAAAUAUAUAAUUAGUAUAAGCCUAUGGCAAAGGUAAUGUUCUGUAAAUAAGGUGUUUUUUAAAAAGAAAAACAAGGGUGGAUUUUGUUUCAGAAAUCUUAAGUGAUUAUGUCUAAAUAACCAUUGAGGUGGUUAGAGGUGUUGAAAUCCUGCUUGUGAAAGAGAGCUGCCUUUGAGCCCAGUCUGGUAGGAAUGUGCACUCCUUCACUGCACGGGCUACUGCAGGCGCAUCCCUGCUUCAAAGAAAACUCCACUAGACUUGCAGGAAAUAAUCGCUUGAUCCAGAACUAAGGAAAUGGACAGUGCAUCCCUGUGGUGCAGUACAGACUGAUACAGCAAAGCUCUGGGGGGGAGGGGGACAGGUUUGUAGCGAAAGUCCAAGACGCAAUCUCCCCCCCCCGCCGCCCUCUUGAGAGAGGGGCUCUCGAGUAUCUACUUCUUAGGAAACACAGCAAAGUGCUAAUAUCAGGGCAUCCCUAAAGCAAGUUAUAAUUAAAUACUUUCUUGUAUUAAAUCUUUUAUGUUUUAUAAACUAGAGGAUAGUUAUAAGUGGAAGCUGGUGAUGGCAAAAAGCAACCUGUAAUUUUUAAAAAAUCUGUGUGAAACUGUAGUUUGCAAAAAUGAUGUGUAUUUUUGGUUAACUGAUUUGCAAUAAAAUGAUGCUAGAGAGCAUCUAGAAUUUUACUAAAA